AGAUGAUGACUGACUGAGGCAGCAUGAACCAUCGGCCUGACCAAAUAUUCCACAGCGCAUUUCUUGGCUAAAACACCACUCUAAUGGGUGAUGCAGAUAAACCGAGUCAGGAGGAGCUGGAGGGAGACAGCGGUGUGACAACAGCCUCCACCACCACCACUUCCAGCACCCCCACAGGCACCUCCAUUCCUCUGGGAAACGUCUCGUCAGACAGACAGGCAGUCCAGGUAAUCCAGCAGACAUUGCACAGACCACAAAGCAUGACAGCUCAGUACCUGCAACAGAUGUAUGCAGCUCAACAACAACACAUCCUGCUGCAGACAGCAGCGCUACAACAGCAGCAGCAUCAACAAAACCUCACCUCUACGCAGAUCCUGACCACUACAGAUACGGCUGCACAGACUAAUGGCAGGCAGUUCACCUCGUCCCCUCCAUCAUCCAAUGGAAAUGGGCCUCAGUUGGCUAGUGUGUCCCAAACAUCAAUCACCAUCCCAACCUCUCCUGUAACUCAGCAAAUGGGUCGCAUUCAGGUCACUAGCUCCAGUACUACAGGAGGGGCCAUUUCCCAGCAGGCCAUGCUUCUAGGAAACAGCUCUCCCACAGGCAGCCAGGCCCAGAUGUACCUGCGCACUCAGAUGCUGAUUCUUACUCCUGCUGCCACUGUAGCUGCCGUCCAGCCUGAUCUGACUGUUGUGAGCUCAAUCUCUUCUCAAUCAGCAUCAUCACAGGUUCAAAGUUUGUCUCUCCGCACACAUCUUCCUGGAGCUCUCACCACUCCACAGAACAUCCAGAUCAAGCCUCCUCUCCAGGGUCAGACUCUGGUGUCUCCCCCUCCCAAGAUGUCCAUUUGCCCACUCAAGUCCACACAGCUGCCCCAGAACCUGGUAGAAACAUCUAGAAGUGUGUCACUGUUGAGCAACAUGGCUCAGCCACCAUCAGCCCAACCAGCCAUUCCUCCUUCAACAUUCACACCCGUCCAGUCUCAUCCACUGAUCAGACACCAGCUGCACUGCCCAUGCGGCCCGAGGGUGGCACCGCAGCACCUGAUCAUCCAGCAGAGCUCCAGCACUCACAGACAGGUCCAUCCCAUCACUCUGAGGGUCACAGCCCAGGAUGGCUCUCCUACACCCUUUACCCUGCACACCAGAACCACACCCACGACAGCCACCGUCCAAUCCCAGCACACUGAACUCCUCUCAGUGCCCUCCUCCACAAACCAACCAGCCAAUCAGACUAAAUCCACAGUUCCGCCAGCAGUGCUGCCCGAUCCUCCACCUCUUCAUCUGGGCCCGGUGCUGGAGCCGGUAUCCCAGUAUACCCCUUUGUCAUGCCCACCUCCUCUCAGGCUGGUCCAGCCACAGAGACUGGCUCUGCGCUCAGUUCAGACUGUAGAGGUGCAGUCGGACCACAUGCUGCUGUCUGAAGAGGAGCUGCCCUUUCAGAGUCUGCCACCACCACAGACUGUGGCUGUGGAUCUAAAGGUGCAGCCGACAACACAACCUGAAGCAAUGCAGGUGACGCCAUUGUUGGAGAGUGAAAACCUGACUCUGGUGACAGAUGCAGAACAUGUGAGUCCUCCUCAGAAUAGCAGAACGUCCUCUUCUCCAACACUCUCCCAACCAGACGAACCACAGAGAAGCUCUGAUGAUGUAACCGAUCAACCAGAAAACUUGACAGCUGAUCAGGAGCAGCCAUGUGUAUCAUCGAGCAGAUCAGCGAUCCGGUCACCGGAGGAGCCCACACAUGCCACCAGCUCUCCCCCACCCCUCCUCUCCUCUGCGGUAAGAAGCUCCAGCAGGCUCCCCUCGGCCAGCCUUCCAGAGAGCCCUGAGGGUCAGCCCUCACAGGCCAUCAGUAGACCUCACAUCCUCACACACCUCAUUGAGGGCUUCGUCAUCCGAGAGGGCCUGGAGCCGUUCCCGGUGAGACGUGCUUCCUCAGAGAUGAACCUGCAGGCCACACUGCCAGAACACAGAGAAGACGGAGAAUCCGCCCUGAUAGAUGCGGACCAUCCAGACAACUCCAGUGACUCCGACAUUGAUGACCCACCAGCAGAAGAUGAACAGACAGUUGAAAAGCUGUCUGAUGUCCUGGAAUGUGAGUUCUGUGGGAAAAGAGGCUUGGCUCAGGCUUUCCUCAGAUCCAAACGCUUCUGCUCCAUGACAUGCGCCAGAAGAUUCAACCUGAGAUGUAAAAAGCGCCUAAACCGCUUGAGAGAAGAAAAGGUCGCCUAUUGGCCCCACAGACCCAUGGGAAAGCGAGGAAGACUAUCCAGAUGCUUAAACGGCAGUGCUAGAGAACACUUGCCCAGGCCGCAGCUCCAAGGCUCCCAUCAAACCAGUGACAACCAGAUGGUGUCCAAUUCAGUGUGGAUGGAGAGAGAGGAGGAGGAAGAUCCACCAGGUCCGAUGACAACAAGACUGCGUUUACAAGCUGAAAGAGAGAAGGAGCAGGACAGAGAACGAGAGCAGAGCCGAGUGGAGAGCAGCAGUGGCUCUGAGCUUCUUCUGGACUCCAGUCCUUCACAGUGGAGUGUGGAGCAAGUGUGCUCCUUCAUCAGCUCUUUACCAGGUUGUCAUGAUGUGGCUGCAGAGUUUGGCUGUCAGGAGAUUGAUGGACAGGCUCUGCUUCUGCUUACAGAGGAUCACCUCAUGAGCGCAAUGAAUCUCAAACUGGGACCUGCACUCAAGAUCUGUGCGCACAUAAAUACUCUCAAACAAACUUAAGGCCGUCACAUCCUCCUCAAGUGCCAUGACUUCAGUGAAUGGCCAUUCAAAACAAACACUACACACCUUCUUCAUAUACCUCAAAGUUUAUUGGUGGAGUUGUCUUGGUUUUCAUUCCAUUCAAUCUGAUUAAAGUUUUGUUUAUAUGUAAAUAUAAUAAAUAUGUAAAGCCAAGUUCUGAAGUUCUGAAUAUGUAAAAAGAAGUUGAGCACUAUAUUUAUAGUAAACUGACCAACUGGAAAGUCAUAUGUUGACAGAAGUUGAUGAUGUGCAAAGUGUUUAAUUUUUUUACAUAACACUGUUUAAAGGGACUCUCCACUUUUUCUUUUUUUUUUUAAGUCCCUUAGAGUUAAACAUUUUAGUUUUACCAUUUUUUCCGUUAUGGCAGAAGCACUAUUAGCUUAGCUUAGCAUAGGUCAUUGAAUCUGAUUAGACCAUUAGCAUCUUACACAAAAAUGAAUUUCGAAAAUGUUCCUAUUUAAACCUCGACUCUUCUGUAGUUACAUUAUGUACGAAGACUGACGGAAAACGGAGGGAAAAAAGUCUCCAUGGUUUCAAGGGAGCUGCGUAAUAUCAUUGAGUCAGCCAUGGAAUAGCAGCAAAGUUCCUUGAUUAUUACACUGGAAUGACAGUAUAGUUCCUAACUAUAACAUCCUAGGAAAAAAGCAACUUUAUAUUGUCCAUCGGUCUUAGUACAUGAUGUUACUAGAAAAGAGUCAAGCAAAAUUAUCAAAACUCGGGUUAUUUUUGAACAAGAUGCUAACGGUCAAAUCCGAUUCAAUGAUCUAUGCUAAGCUAAGCUAAAAGUGCUCAAACCAGACCUGGAGAUCGGCAGUUGGAUUAAAAAUUAAUAAACCUCAAUUGUUUAACUCUAGGAGAGUUGUAAAAGAGUUUGUUCCUGUUCCUUUAAAAUGAAAAGAAGCUCUUCAGAACUUGUCACUGUUUACAAAAAUAAAGAGUAACUAACGUGUGUUGAAAAAUAAAGAUUUAUUGAUAAACA